GGUCACCAUCCACUAAAUUCUGAGUCUGUUACACUGCAGCAAUAUAUAAACUAACCUUUUUUAUCUCUCCCUCCCCUUUUCUAUCUCUCACUCACCCGCGAAUUUUUCUGUUGUUUCUUUUCUGAAUUUUCCUGCGAAACAAACAACCCCAACCCGAAAUCCUCAUAUUUCAAACCAUUUUCUACGGUUACCUUCCUCAUUUAACGUUUCAUCUCCUUCAUCCGAUCCACCCCCAUAGAAUCUCCACCGAUAUCUGAUACUUUAUCUCUUUAUUGGAUUUUUUUUUUUUUUACUUUACCUUUUUCUUUUUUGGACUUGAAGUUAGAUCUUCUUAUUUGGUCUAAUGAGUCGCUACGAUUCUAACCCAUUCGACGAAGAAGAGGUUAAUCCUUUCGCGGAUCAACCAGCAAAAGGAAAAGGGUCAGGGCAAUCAAGUUAUGGCGGAGGUGCCUUUUACAUGCCAAAUAAUGUUCCUCCUGCAAAUUCAAGACUUUCUCCCCUUCCUCCUGAACCCUAUGACCGAGGUGCAACAAUAGAUAUUCCCCUUGAUGCCGCAAAGGAUCUGAGAGCAAAGGAGAAGGAACUCCAAGCUAAAGAGGCUGAGUUGAAGAAGAGGGAACAGGAACUAAAGCGGAGAGAAGAUGCAAUAGCACGGGCUGGAAUUGUUAUAGAAGAGAAGAAUUGGCCACCUUUUUUCCCUAUUAUCCAUCAUGACAUUGGAAAUGAGAUACCAGUUCACCUACAGAGGUUGCAAUAUGUUGCAUUUACGACAUUGUUGGGCUUAGUUAUAUGUCUUCUGUGGAAUAUUAUUGCGGUUACCACUGCCUGGAUCAAAGGAGAAGGUCCAACAAUUUGGUUUCUUGCUGUCAUCUACUUCAUCUCGGGGGUUCCUGGAGCCUAUGUUAUGUGGUAUCGCCCUCUAUAUCGUGCAAUGAGGACUGAUAGUGCUCUGAAAUUUGGGUGGUUUUUCUUGUGUUACAUGGUCCAUAUUGGCUUUUGUAUUUUUGCUGCUGUUGCUCCUCCAAUUAUUUUCAAGGGGAAAUCUCUUGCAGGUAUUUUGCCUGCAAUAGAUCUUCUUGGCAGUCACGCUUUAGUUGGGAUAUUCUACUUCAUUGGAUUUGGACUUUUCUGUGUUGAAUCCCUACUCAGUAUCUGGGUUAUUCAGCAAGUUUAUAUGUAUUUCCGGGGCAGUGGAAAAGCUGCAGAGAUUAAGCGGGAAGCUGCAACGAGGACUAUGAUGGCUGCACUAUGACAUCCACACCUGAAGAACUGAGAUAUUAUUUGCGCACGGAAUUAAAAGAUACUCAGAAGUCGAUUCACUUUUUUUUUCUACACCUUGCUUUAGGAUUAAAACUUGCUGAUGUUCAUAUUCUGGAGUUAAGAAUCUUUGAUAAAUUAGAAAAAGUUGAUUAGAUUCAUUUUAGAGGUUUUGUAGUGAGCGAGGCUGUGAGUAAACUUCCAGGUUCCCUUUUGACAUGUUUCCGAAUAUACGAUUUUAUGUUUAUUCUUUUACGUCUUUCUCAGCAGCGGCAGUUACUAUAUGCAUAGAAUGCCAGAAAUGUACCAUUAACUAAAUUACAAAUUCAUAAUUUACUUAUAUUCCAUGGAA